AAAUAACUCAAAUCAUAGUUUUAGAUGAAUUCAGAUAUAUUAUAUCAUCCAUACUAGUCUACUGCCUAUUAUUUCUCACAGUUUCCAAACUAUUAGCAGCAAUUCAUUCAAUAUAGUAACUAACAGUUUAAAUUAGUUUAAAGUGAUAUUUUAACAACAGAAUGUUCCGAUGCAAUUUCCAUUAUUAAAAUAUGAUUGGAGAGGCUAACCCCCAAAUAACUUUCUUAAUUAUCAAUAGGAUAUUCCUGAUAUUAAGAAUACCAAUUACAACAAUCAUAUAACUGAAGUAGAGUUAGGAAAUUCAGAAAAAUACUAAUUAGGAGAAGAAGACUCUCAAACAAGAGCAAAUGGUAAAAAUUGCUAUAAUUUCAAGGUCACUGGACAUAAUAAGAACAUUUAUAGUAUCUAGACUUUGUGAAAAAUCAUGAAUCCAUCUUAAAAUCCAAAUACGACAAAAAAUCUAAGAAAAUUUUCAAACUCAUGAGUUAAUUCAUACCAACAAGAACAGCCACUUAAUGCAGGUCACAUCACUAAAAAUUUAAUCCUUUAAAUAAGGGGAAGAAGAAAUUAAAGCAGGUGCUCAGAUAGAUCCCUACAGUGAUUCUUCCAUAAAGUUGACUUCUUCGACUCUAUAUAUUAAUUUAAUUCAUUU